AUGGCGUACCGUCUCAACCUGACGGCACUGGUGGUGCUGUGCUGUGCUGUGCUUGUUCCCGCACGGGAUGUGACCAGUCUGGCGAAGCGGGAAGCCCCACUUCCACCGGGUGGCAGCUACCUGCCACCGUCGGCCGGUGGUGGUGGUGGUGCUGGUGGAUAUCCAUCCGCUCAGGCUCCUUCCUCCAGCUACGGUGCGCCGGGCGGUGGUAACGCUGGAGGCUGGGGUGGUAGUGGCAACGGAAACGGCUACUCCAACGGUGGUGGCUCGGCCCCGUCGCAGUCCUAUGGUGCUCCGUCGGCCCCCUCGCAGUCCUACGGUGCUCCGUCGGCCCCAUCGCAGUCCUAUGGAGCUCCGUCAGCUCCGUCGCAGUCGUACGGUGCACCUAGUUUCGGUGGAAACGGAGGUCACAGCUCGGGAGGAUUCGGAGGUCAAAGUGGUAACGGCAAUGGAUACUCCAGCGGACGUCCCUCUAGCCAGUAUGGAGCUCCUCAGCAGCAGCAGCAGCAGCAAUCGUUCCGUCCACCAGCGACUAGCUACGGAGUUCCGGCUGCUCCAUCCCAAUCGUACGGUGCUCCGUCUCAGCAGUCCAACAAUGGCUACUCUAGCGGACGUCCGUCAGCCCCUUCGUCCAGCUAUGGUGCCCCUAGCCGUCCAUCGUCCCAGUACGGAGCUCCUUCCAAUGGAAAUGGCAAUGGAUAUUCCGGUAACGGCAAUGGCUAUUCUGGAAACGGUAACGGACGUAGCUACAGCAACGGCAACGGCAAUGGACAUAGCAAUGGCAAUGGCAAUGGCAACGGUUACUCGCGUGGACCAGCGCGUCAGCCAUCGUCGCAGUAUGGACCUCCGGCUCAGGCUCCUUCGAACCAGUAUGGACCUCCGGCUCAGGCUCCUUCCAGCCAGUAUGGACCUCCGGCUCAGGCUCCUUCCAGCCAAUAUGGAGCUCCAGCUCCAUCGCGUCCCUCGUCGCAGUACGGACCUCCGGCUCAGGCUCCUUCCAGCCAGUAUGGAGCUCCAGCUCCCUCGCGCCCAUCUUCGCAGUACGGACCUCCGGCUCAGGCUCCUUCCAGCCAGUACGGAGCCCCAGCUCGUCAACCCUCCUCCCAGUAUGGAGCUCCGGCUCAGACUCCCUCCAGCCAGUAUGGUGCCCCAGCACGUCAGCCCUCAUCCCAGUACGGUGCCCCAGCUCAGACGCCCUCUAGCCAAUAUGGAGCCCCCGCUCAGACUCCUUCCAGCCAGUACGGAGCUCCAGCUCCAUCGCGUCCCUCGUCGCAGUACGGCGCUCCGGCCCAGACCCCAUCCAGCCAAUACGGUGCCCCAGCCCGUCAGCCAUCUCCCCAGUAUGGAGCCCCAGCCCAGACUCCUUCCAGCCAAUACGGAGCUCCAGCUCAAGCUCCCUCUAGCCAGUAUGGUGCCCCCGCUCAGACUCCCUCGAGCCAAUACGGAGCUCCAGCUCAAACUCCCUCGAGCCAGUAUGGUGCCCCGGCUCAGACUCCCUCGAGCCAGUACGGAGCACCGGCUCAGACUCCCUCCAGCCAAUACGGUGCGCCAAGCUUCGGUUCGUCCGGUAGUUCCUCCUUCGGCGGUAACGGUUCCGUCGGUGGCAGCUACCAGGCAACCUCGAACGGUAACGGAUUCUCGCAGGCUUCCUUCUCCGCCAGUAGCUUCUCGUCGAACGGACGUACGUCCCAGUCCGCCGGUGGCUACAGCUCCGGUGGUCCGUCGCACUCGGCCGGUGGCUACAGCUCCGGUGGACCCGCCCAGGUUCCGGCCACCCUCCCCCAGUCGUACUCGUCGAACGGAGGCUACAACUACUAG